GCGCACUUGACUACAAUUGCACAAUUAUCUGACAUGGCGACCCAAUUUGCGUAUCGGAAUGCCAAGACCAUCGGUCUGACAGAUGCAUAUCCUGUCUACCAGGCUGCAAAAGGAUUUCAGCAACCAGAGGGCAAUUUGAGAUGCUGUGCCUAUGGCCCGUCGGGCAAACUCUUCGCUUGGGCCACCAAUUCCGCCGUUGAAAUCAUAGAGACGGAGACAGGCUCACAUCUCAGAUCUCUGCAAGUUGCAAAUUGCUUAGAGAUUGGAUUUUCACCUAAGGGCACGUACAUUGUCACUUGGGAGCGGUUCACAAAGCUGGAGAACGGCGAUGGGUCAAAGAACUUGCGGGUUUGGGACGUUGCUACAGGUGAGCAGACCUGUGCAUUCACACAAAAGUCACAGACCGGCUGGAAUUUGCAAUACACUGCAGAUGAAGCACUGUGUGCACGCGUGGUCACAAAUGAGGUACAAUUCUUCCAUCCGCAAAAGAUGGCCUCGGGAACUGUUCACCGGCUCAUCUGCGAGGGCGUGACAGACUUUGCCCUUUCACCAGGCAAGAAUCCUGCUGUGGCCGCAUUUGUGCCAGAGCGUAAGGGCCAACCGGCUGCUGUGCGUGUCUACAACAUUCCGAGCUUUGCGACCCCUGUCUCACAAAAGACAUUUUUCAAGGCCGAUCGCGUGCAACUCAAGUGGAACGCGCUCGGCACGUCUCUAUUGUGCAUGACUUCAACUGAUGUCGACAAAUCCAACAAGUCUUACUAUGGCGAGAACAAUCUGUACUUGCUCGGCGUUGCAGGCAACUACGACUGCCGUGUGACACUCGACAAGGAGGGCCCUAUUCACGAUGUUACCUGGUCUCCCGACUCGAAAGAGUUUGGCUGUACUUAUGGAUUCAUGCCUGCAAAAAUCACCAUGUUUGACGCACGAGCCAGCAUAACGCAUUCUCUUCCGAGUGCAUCGAGAAACACAAUCUUGUUCUCGCCAAACUCCAAGUAUGUGAUUAUCGCAGGGUUCGGUAACUUGCAAGGUGCAAUGGAUGUGUAUGAACGCGCUGGAAUGAAGAAGGUUGCCACAAUUGAUGCAACAAACACAUCACACUGUGAGUGGUGCCCCGAUUCGCGUCAUAUCCUAUGCGCAACGACGUCGCCUCGGUUGCGUGUUGAUAAUGGCAUUAAGAUCUUUCACUACCGCGGCCAGCUCGUGUACAACGAAGAUCACCAGGAGCUAUUCUACGCGACGAUGCGACCGCAGUUGCCAGAAGCCUUCCCCUCACGCUCGCCAUCUCCAGGUCCUGAACCCCAUUCCAGUGUUUCCGGUGUGCCUGUCAAAGUUGCGACCGCGCCAAAGGGCGCUUACCGGCCGCCCCAUGCGCGUGGACGACCUGAGGGUGUUGGCAGUAAUAUCCUGCGCCAGCACGAUGAUAUUCUUGCUUCGACGACACCGGCACCUGCUUACGUUCCUGGUGCUGCACGUACUGUUCCUGGUGCACCGCCUGGCAUGGGCAGUGCUGCGGGCAGCUUUACUAGUGUCCAUUUACCACCGGGAGCUGAGCCACUCAGCAAGAAUGCCCUCAAAAACAAGAAGAAGCGUGAAGCUGCUGCAAAGAAGAAGGAGGAAGAAGAAGAAGCUGCUGCGUUGAACGGCACGACUGUCAAUGGAUCUGCAACCAAUGAUCAAACGGCUGAUGCCUCUGCUUUUGCCGCACUUGCACCGCCCUUGGCACAUGAUGCUGCGCCUAUUGCUGCCGCUGUCGCUGCCCCGAUUGAGGAUCGCAAGAUUCGAAACCUUGCAAAGAAGCUCCGUGCGAUUGAGGACUUGCGCAUGCGCCAGGCCGGCGGAGAAAAGCUUGAGACGACACAAGUUCAAAAGAUCAACUCGUACAACGAAAUUCUCAAAGAGUUGCAGUCGCUUGGAUGGAAAGACGAGUAGUUCUGAGCUUUACAUAGCAUUCAAAGCAUCAUUGUAGAAGCAUCUCUGCAUUC